AUGUUGGUGACAUUCAAGACAGUCUCUCAAGUGACCUUUCGUAUGGAUGUGAAUGAGAAACAAUCGAUUGGUGAACUGAAAAAAAAAAUUUCUAUCGAGCAAGGCGAAAAUGAUUAUCCAGUUGAAAAUCUGAAACUGAUCUACAAUGGAAAAGUCCUAGAUGAUGAGCAAAUUUUGGAAGAUGUUAAGGUCGAUCCGGCAAAAUUUGUUGUUGUCAUGGUUUCAAGGAAAAAGCCGUUAACUGCUGCUGUUGCUACUGCUAGCUCAGAAACAACGGGUAUGAGGUCUGAGCCAUCUCAAGCUGAAGGGCCAAUUCAUACAACAGCUGAAACCACAACUACUACCACAGCAUCGAGUAUUUUAUCUACUGGGUCUACUGCUCGUGCCUUGACUUUAACUCCAGAACAAGAACAAACGGUUGAAGCGAUAAUUGCAAUGGGUUAUUCUCGAGAUAAAGUGAUUCGAGCUUUACGAGCAUCUUUUUUUAACGGGGACCGAGCAGUAGAAUAUCUGUGUUCUUCAAUACCAGAUGAAGAGGAUUUGGGGCUUGAGAGUGAAACGAUUGAUUCAACAGAAAAUUCAUCCGUAACUAGUCAGACGCUUGAAUUUUUGCGUCAAAUUCCUCAAUUUGAACACCUUCGAGAAAUUAUCCAGUCUGAUCCUUCUGUAUUACCGCAAGUCAUUGAACAGAUUGCACAAAGCAAUCCCAGUUUAAUGGAAGCUAUUCAAAAUAAUCAGGAAGAAUUUAUCAAUCUGCUUAACGCACCAGCGGUGCUCUCAGCAGCUGGUCAGGCUGAUAGCAGAUCUGAGGAAGGUUUAAAUCGGAAUUAUUUUGGCAUCGAAAUUACUCGCUCAGAGCAAGAUGCGAUCAAUCGAUUGAAAGCAAUGGGUUUCCCCGAGCAAUUAGUUAUUGAGGCUUAUUUCUCGUGCGAUAAAAACGAGGAUCUCGCUGUUAAUUAUAUACUUCAACGGAUGGAAGAAGCAGCUGAUGAACUAAAUGCAGCACUCGAUAAUUCCGAAAGCGGUGGGCAAUAG